AUGUUAUCUUUGGUUGGGGAUCUGAAUUACACUGGACCCAUGACCAUGGAGCUGGAAGGCAAGGGUCACCGCCUUCAAGUGCCCACUCGGCUGACGAAUGAGCUGCUGCCACAUCAGCAAGAAGUGGUCCUGCAACUCCAAAAAAGAACUAAAACUCAUUCCUCACCAUCUGCCGAGCCAUCGCUCUUCUUCAAAUACUUAUUUAUCUCCAUGGCGUUCAAGAUCGGGCCCAAUGUCGAGUCUGAUGUCUUAGCGAAUCUGAAAGACAAAACGAAAGGAAAGGUAAUGUUCACCGGGAAGCAUCAGCCGAAACUUUCUGAUGUCAUUUGGGCCCAAAUCUUCAAUCUCAGCAAAGUACGUGAAGGCCCAACCAGGACUGGGAAACCCGUCGAGAUUCAAACGGUAAGUGAGAGUCCCAUUUCUGCCGAUGACAGCUGUCUGCAUGACUUUUUCGGGCGGCCACUCGUCUCGACUCACGUCUAUGGGCAUUUGGGUAGAUAUUCUCUCAGUUCCAGGAGCAACAUCGACGAGAUAAUUUGCUUUUUUUACCAAGUCGGAUAG